AGCUCCCUCAGCGGUUGUCGCCGUAGGAGACGGUUGGAAGGGCCGUUGUGGGGAGCGCCACGCGAGGCCAGGGACAGCUCCCUUCUCACGACUGCGCCCCGUGGGCACCGGAGCCGCCGCUACUGUCUCCCGACAGGGUAUCUGAAGUAACAGGGGCAUUUAGAUCAAACGGUAUUGAGAUGGAUUGGGUUAUGAAACAUAAUGGUCCAAAUGACGCUAGUGAUGGGACAGUACGACUUCGUGGACUGCCAUUUGGUUGCAGCAAAGAGGAAAUAGUUCAGUUCUUUCAAGGGUUGGAAAUCGUGCCAAAUGGGAUAACAUUGACGAUGGACUACCAGGGGAGAAGCACAGGGGAGGCCUUCGUGCAGUUUGCUUCAAAGGAGAUAGCAGAAAAUGCUCUGGGGAAACACAAGGAAAGAAUAGGGCACAGGUAUAUUGAGAUCUUCAGAAGUAGCAGGAGUGAAAUCAAAGGAUUUUACGACCCACCAAGAAGAUUGCUGGGACAGCGACCGGGACCAUACGAUAGACCAAUAGGAGGAAGAGGGGGUUAUUAUGGAGCUGGGCGUGGAAGUAUGUAUGACAGAAUGCGACGAGGAAGUGAUGGAUAUGAUGGUGGUUAUGGAGGUUUUGAUGACUAUGGUGGCUACAAUAAUUAUGGCUAUGGGAAUGAUGGCUUUGAUGACAGAAUGAGAGAUGGAAGAGGUAUGGGAGGACAUGGUUAUGGUGGAGCUGGUGAUGCCAGUUCAGGUUUUCAUGGUGGUCAUUUUGUGCAUAUGAGAGGGUUGCCUUUUCGUGCAACUGAAAAUGACAUUGCUAAUUUCUUCUCACCACUAAACCCGAUACGAGUUCAUAUUGAUAUUGGAGCUGAUGGCAGAGCAACAGGAGAAGCAGAUGUAGAGUUUGUGACACAUGAAGAUGCAGUAGCUGCCAUGUCUAAAGAUAAAAAUAACAUGCAGCAUCGAUACAUUGAACUCUUCUUGAAUUCUACUCCUGGAGGCAGCUCUGGAAUGGGAGGUUCUGGAAUGGGAGGCUAUGGCAGAGAUGGAAUGGAUAAUCAGGGUGGAUAUGGGUCUGUUGGAAGAAUGGGAAUGGGGAACAAUUACAGUGGAGGAUACGGCACUCCUGAUGGCUUGGGUGGUUAUGGCCGUGGUGGUGGCAGUGGAGGUUACUAUGGGCAAGGCAGCAUGAGUGGAGGUGGAUGGCGUGGAAUGUACUGAGUCGUAACCCAACAACAUAAGUCCUGGCAACAGCAUCUGGUCUACUAGACUUUCUUACAGAUUUCAUUUCUUUUGUAUUUUAAGAACUUUAUAAUGACUGAAGGAAUGUGUUUUCAAAGAUAUUAUUUGGUAAAGCAAAAGAUUGUGACAAGAAAAUGUUUUCUGUAGGUUUUAUUUGUUGCAUACUUUGACUUAAAUAAAUUUUUAUAUUCAAACCA